AUGCAGGAGAUGGACGAGUUCGUGCUGGUCCCUCACGCCGCGGACCUCUGGUCGUACCAACUCGACGAGGACGACGAUGACCACAAGGCGCGCUUCCUCGCCGGCAACGACGAGAAGACGAUCGACGUGAACCACUUCGCCUCCGAGCCCACGCCCAACGCCGCAUUGCAGUGCGCCACGGUGGAGCCGCCGGCGCCGUCCGGCUGUGACUCUGAGAGCGAGGAUUCAGUUGCCGACGAGGAGGAAGCGGUCGACGGCCUGUUGGGGAAGGCGUCGGAUGCUGAUGGUGACGAGGAGGUGGUUGCAGAUCAGGAACCAGAGUGCAAGGAGUGGGAAGGCGAUCACGGCCACGGGUGGCAGCAGCACGCGGUCGGCGUGAUCUGCUCCGUGGGGCUGGCGGCGGCGGCCACCGGCCUGGCCCUUCUGCUCGGCGGCCAGCAGCAGACGCCGCACAAAGUCCACUUCCGGGCGGCCGGUGAUCGCAAGGUGACUAAGGUUUCAGCAAGGCGAGACGCGAGGCUAGAACAAGGGAUGUCGGUGCCGCGGUUUGAGCAUGCGCCGGCCAUGAUCUCGUUCGGGGGUUCCUACGGCGGACACCUGUUUUGAUGGGAUCGUGUGCCUAUCGAUCGUGUCGUGCCCGUGCAGAACUCUGGUCCAUAUUACCAUGUUACAUUAUACUACGUAAUUAGGAAGCAAAUUCGUCGACUUGAUAGAAAUAAGGGUAAAUUUGAACGCAGUUCGGUCUGUAUUUUGGUGCUUACAUUUAACCCGGAGACAACCCGCGGUGAAAUUAGUGAUGCUCCGACAGAUGGAAAUAAACACAUUGGUGAA